AUGAGGGCCAAAUUAUGGAACCUGUUUAUUUUGCCCAUACUUUUGUUGCUUGUUCCAACAACUGAACAGGCUAGAGAGCUGGAUUGGUGGGAAACGACAAUCUUUUAUCAAAUCUAUCCGAGAUCGUUUAUGGACAGCGACGGAGAUGGAAUUGGGGAUCUAAAUGGCAUAACUUCUAAGCUGGAAUACUUGAAAGAACUCGGUGUUGGUGCAACUUGGCUUUCGCCAAUGUUUCAAUCACCCAUGUACGAUUUCGGUUACGAUAUAUCAGAUUUUUAUGCCGUCCAAAACGAGUACGGUACCAUGGAAGAUUUUGAAAAUUUAGUAGCAAAGGCUAAAGAACUAGAUAUAAAAAUAGUUCUCGAUUUUGUGCCAAACCAUGGAAGCAAUGAAAGUAUUUGGUUUGAGGAAGCUCUUAACGGCCAUGAAAAAUACUAUGAUUAUUUUAUGUGGGAAGAUGGAAUUGUAGACGAAAAUGGAACACUACUUCCACCAAAUAAUUGGAACAGCGUCUUUCGAAAAAGUGCUUGGGAAUACCGUGAAGAAGUUGGAAAGUAUUAUUUACAUCAGUUUGUGAUUGGGCAGCCAGACUUUAACUAUCGUAAUCCGGAAGUAGUCGAGGAAAUGAAAAAUGUUCUUAGAUUCUGGUUGGAUAAGGGCGUAGCCGGUUUUAGAGUGGAUGCUAUAGCGCAUUUAUUCGAAGUUGAUAAAGAAAAGUUCGAUGGUAAAUAUCCUAAUGAACCAUUAUCGGGUAAUAAACUUGACGAUCCCGAAAGCUAUGAUUAUUUAGAUCAUAUUUACACGAAAGAUCAAGACGAAACUUAUGACAUGGUUUAUCAGUGGAGGGAAGUUUUUGACGAGUUUACAGAAAAGGAUGGACUAACCCGGGUGAUGAUGACUGAAGCCUAUGCAAGCCCACAGAUUACUAUGAGAUAUUUCGGGGAUGGGGAGCGUGAAGGUGCCCAAAUGCCUUUUAACUUUGUCCUUAUAUCUGAUGUCGAUGGAAGUUCUACUGCAGCCGAAAUUAAAUUUGCCCUUGAUAAAUUCUUGACUUUUAAACCUCUAGAUAAAUUGGCGAACUGGGUGGCUGGGAAUCAUGACAAUAGUAGAGUUGCUUCAAGAUUUAGUCCGGAACUAGUUGAUGGUAUUAAUAUGUUAGUGCUGUUGCUACCAGGCAUAGCGGUCACAUAUAUGGGUGAAGAAAUAGGUAUGGUGGACGGGUAUAUAAGUUGGGAAGACACUGUUGACCCUAGUGGUUGUAAUACGGAUGAUCCAAUCAAUUACUGGACAGCGUCUAGGGAUCCUGAACGUACACCUUUUCAGUGGAGUGCUGAGAAAAAUGCAGGGUUCUCGACUGCUGAUAGGACAUGGUUACCAGUGGCUGACGGUUACGAAUCUUUAAAUGUAGCAGUGCAGCAAGUAACGGAGCGGAGUCAUAUUAAUGUUUACAAGGCUUUGGCUCAAUUGCGAAAGGAACCUGCAUUUAGACACGGCCGAUACGAAUCCGUCGCAUUUAACUCCGAUGUUCUUGCUUUUAGAAGGUGGUAUGACGGCGAAACCUAUUUAGAAGUUAUCGUCAGCAGCAUUCAGUCGGCGAAGAAUAUAGGGGAUUUUCUCAAGGCAGACGGAGUCCUGAUAGAAGCACGUGAAUCACUUGUACUAAAAGUAAUACGA